GCCAAACAAAGGGUAACAUCUCAGGACUAAGGAUCUGCUUUAAUCCUUCAACGUCUAAUUCUUGGAGUUAUCCAUCCAACUAUGGAUUUCUCACCUGUAGGUAACUCCUAUGCGGACGUUAUCCAACGCAUUCGCAAAUUUCGAACUUUUGAUGAGCCAGAAAAGAAACAUAUUUUCCAGUCUUUCACUGAAUUUUGUGCCCCUUACAAACCUCCCGUAACACUGGGGAAACCCGGAGAUGUGUUUCUCAAUCGAAAAACAUUCAAGCUUUACAUGAGAGAAGAGAAGCAGUGGACUCAAUGGCAUUCGACCUCGGAUAGUUCGCGACUCAAAUAUCCAGAACUACAGAAUCGAUUCCUGUGGAUAGUUCCAAACUCGGGCCAAAGAAUGGUUGACUUCGUUCCUUCAAGUAUACUCAAAAGGUUCAAAAUCUUAGAUGCAACUGAGCUUUUGAAAUCGAUUGUAUCUUUGCAACAAAAGCAGGACCUAACGCGAAAGCGAAAAUCAGAGGCUUCGCUGAACACAAAGAAAGGCAAGAAAGGGCGGCUAUCUAAUAUUGAGCCUCCCGCGGGCUGGAGUGGCAUAGAUGACCUUCCUACUCAAUUACUAACAUCUAUGUCUGCUCCAGUUCCGCGAUCCAACUUAAUGACCUCCCUUUCCUCCACCGCCUCUCUGCAAACCCCAGGUUCUUCAUCGUCCCGAGUUUCUCUUCAUACUUCUGUUUCCAUGUCACCGCAGAUUCAGCGGGACAGGAAGCUAUUGGAACGAAAUGAAUUACUGGAGAGGGAAAACCAAGAAUUGAAAAUGAGUCUUCGAAUAUCAAAAGAACUCGAAAAAGAUAGCCAUAUGGCUUCAUCCAUGAUCGAAUCUACUUAUCAGGAAGAAUCCGACGACAGUGCUUUAUCUAUUGACGAAGAUGACACUAGGCGACCGCAGCUCCAAUCUCCACCUCCAACGCCGUCGAUACUUAGUAAUUUGUCCAAUGAGUUCAUGAAUCGGGACAUGCACCAUGAUGAACCUCUUCUCCCUCUUACUGAGUCUGAAUCAUCCUCUCGGGAUGCAAGGGUCGAAGAGGCCGGUGAUGACAUUAUCGCCAUGCAUGGGGACAAGAAGCCGUCGAUCCAGGUCAAAUCAGAACCUCAAACAACUGCGGCAACUCCCCACACACAUCCAGAAUAUAUCGAUCUGACACUUGAUUCCGACGAUGAUCAACCAUUCACCAGCUUCCGGCCGGUGUCCAAAUCUUUGUGCACUGUUUCGUCUGCUUCUUGCGAGGCACCUUGCCUGCAACUUACUUCAAACAAUUCUAGGCAGACACCGAAACAUGCCAGUGCUACCCCUUCCAGUUCUGCAUCUCCUAAUCGAAAGGGCCAAUCAUCUAAUUCCGGAAGAAAUCGAACAAGUACUACUAUUAGCCGUUCCAGUCGAACCCCCGUCACAUCAUCAAGCCGCGUGGGUCCGCUACCUUCUGCACCCAAGUUGACCCCGACCGAUGUUAUCAAGCGCUCGACUGUUAAUCCCAUUCUACGGGGAGCCUCAUCUAUUCCUAGUCAAGAUGACGACGACGAAAUAUUCGAGAUUAGUCUCGACCAAUUUCGAGCUGCGGUCAAAUCCGGGAAGAAAAAAGCACGAGAGGAUGGUACUAUCCCAGAUUCAUCCAAUGUACAACCUCAUACCCAAAAUAAGGUGCAGAUUCCUGUUGUCAAAGCAGAGCCUGCAAACGAGUUUAUCGCAAAGAGUGGGAAAUUGAUGAACGACCUCGUACAGAGCCCUGAAGCCAGUCUUGAUGAUGCUCCUGCUGCUGCUAUGGAUGUUUCCGGAGAGCGCUCUGAUGAUGGCUAUGAGACACUUGUUAUAGAUCCAGAUGCUGCGGCAGACUCAGAGGACUUUGACUUUGAUCUGGCAUACCCUGAAAAUGAACAUCAAUCUCUUCCUCCGCCUCCUCCUUCUCGGGAUGCUGAUAUCAAGAUGGAGGAUGUAGAUGCAGAGUCUGCGCAAAAGACACCCGAUGUGACUAUGGGCAAUGCGGAGAUGGAACGGGAUGCUCCAAAUGACGAGGAAGAAGAGAAUCAGGAGGAGGGAGAAGAAGAGCAAGAUCUCAUUGCUAAUCUUGGGCUAACUCUCGACGUGCUGCGAGUCAGUUUCAGAGGGAAGAAAGGUUACAAACGAUGCAAAAUUUGUUCUGCUUUGGGAUUGAAGGAACGAAAGAUGAAGUUUCCAACUAGUGAUCCUCAUUCCAUGCUUCAUCAUCUCGCGACCUCCCAUCGAGAGCAAGUAUUAAAUCUUCAAAAUAAGAUAACUGAGUUCGGGCUGGAUAGUGAGCAGCUACGCGCUCAUCGAGAAGAUGAUGAUUGAUUCUUGUGUUCGUGUAUCUCUUUCACCAUAUUGGGUGUAUCUCACAUCGGGUGUAUCUUACGUGCGCAUGCAUGCUUCUUGACUGCAACCUGUACAUACAGUCCAUCGACUGAAAUAUAUAUUAUCUGGGU